AAUCACCGCCCGGGACUGAACACGGAUUCCGGGGAAAGGAUUGAUAACCCGAUAACAACAACUAUCCAACCCGUGGUGCCAAUGAUCAAGACCAGAGGAGCAGUGUGCUUAUCGCAAUGAUGCGCAGCGGUUGAAAAUCGCGCUCGCGUGACUGGUUGACAGGAUAUGAGGAAUGGUUAUUAAAGCAAAACAAGUGAGAAACAAAGUAAGGUUUUUUUUUUUUUUUUUAGACUCCGUGCUGAUAGUGGGUGUCGUGAUAAGAGGGUUCGGUGAUGAAAUCGCGAUUGUGAUGGAGGGUGGCCGAGGGAACGUGAGAAGGAGCCUGCCUAUAAAGACACCCUGGUACUGGCUGUCCUUUUUCGCUUUCGACCUGGAUCUAACAGUCCAUUCAUCGAAAGGCGAAUCUACCCGACACCCCAGUGGUAACAUGAAUCACGCUCGUGAGGACGAAGAGGGCCUCUCUCCAGGAUUUCCCUCGGCAACUGGUCUGGGGUCGGAGAAUGCGGAGAAAGCAAGAGGAGAUGGAUCGAAACCGCCAGUCAAACAGCCUCACUUUAUCGUCGCUCUCGGAGUUCGGGCAGGAGGAGAUGAACCUCGAUACUUUCUUAGAUGAUAACAAUGGGGUUCAGCCAUUUGCCGGUCGAUCGAUAGGGCAAUCCACGACUGUGAUUCGAUUGUGUCUCACACGCAACCCCCUUUCUGGUUGAUGACU